AUGCGAAAACGCCGAGAAGCCGAAGAUGAUGCGAGGGCGACCUUGUCGAUACACGGAGCGGACUGCCGUAAUGCCGUGCAACCGGUGGCGAGACUGGUGAAGUGGCGAACGUGUUUCGGUGUAGGCACUUCUCUAUGCGUGCGGUGUUGUUGUUCGUACCGAAUGCGCGCGCGGCGCGCCGGGUCGACGGCCGCGUCCGCCGUUUCCCCCUCCCGCCACCGCGUGCCGUCCACAACACCCGAAUCGGUGGGGACCCGGCAAUACCGAUACGUUUCUGAUCGUGUUCGGCGGUUCUGA